AUGGAAGUUGUCAAAACCGGAAAUGCCAAGCAAUGGUUCAAAUCUCCUUUGAAUGAGCUGGUUACCGUUCCUGAGGUUGAACUCCUUUGUGAUGUCUGCAUGAGAUGGGACUCGACGUAUUUCAUGAUCAAUCGCUUACGAGCAAUGCGUCCAGCCAUAGACUUCUUCCUUAGCAUGCCUAAUCAGCAGGACAUUUCUGGUCAUAAGAUGACCAACUCAGAGUGGCAAGUUCUCAAGGACCUUGAAAAGAUUCUAGAUGUACCUCAUAGAGUGCAGCAACGGAUGUCAUCUAAGAGCAUGCCCCAGUUAGGUAGUGCAGUUCCAUGCUUCGAGUUGUUCAUGACCGCAUGGGAAUCACUCGCUACCAAAUUUCCUUGA